AAUGGGAGGUAUUCCAGCUAAAAGCCAUAAAGGAGAAAAGCUGCUUCUAUUUAUGGGUAUUAUUGAUAUUCUGCAGUCUUACAGGUUAAUGAAGAAGCUGGAACAUUCUUGGAAAGCUCUUGUUUAUGAUGGGGAUACUGUUUCAGUUCACAGACCAAGUUUUUAUGCAGACAGAUUUUUAAAGUUCAUGAGUACAAGAGUCUUCAGGAAAGUUCAAGCUUUAAAGUAUUCACCUUCAAAGAAACGAUGCAAUUCCAUCACAGCUCUAAAGGCAACAUCACAAGAAAUAGUGUGUGCAGUUACCCAGGAGUGGAAGGAUGAAAAGCAUGGCAUUCUUGCUGAAGGACAAAGCUAUGCCAGCCUUGAUGAAGAAGUACUAGGUUCAUGCCACCGGCCAGACCUAGUGCCAAGCACUCCAUCUCUCUUUGAAGCGGCUUCCUUGGCAACCACAAUUUCUUCUUCUUCCUUGAAUGCAGAUGAGCGUUACCGGCGCGAUCAACCUAUGCUCUAUUCUAGCAGUAAAGGGUUGCCUUCGAGUUCAACAUUCACUUUAGAAGACAGUGCCAUCUAUUUGACUUCAGAACAGAGCACACUGGAAAUGGAAAAUGAUAAUGCUUCAGUUUUGGAUGUGUACUUAUAACGAAGAAUACACGAAGAGUACAGCUAAGAGAAGUGACCAUGGUUAAUGAAGAGCACUUUGUGCACCCCUGAUUUAAGAAGGAGGAAUAUGCUGAGCCUAAUAGACAAAGAGUAAUAAUCGACUGAACUUAUUCUAAGAAGUGUCAGGAUCUUUGAACCAUAGAAAAGAUUGAUGGGCUUGGGAAAAAUGAUGUGAAACAUUCCACACUGCUAUCAUCUGCUGUUGCUUGCUGAACUGUGAAGAACUCUGUAUUCAGGCUGCCUUCUACUAUACUGCCAAUCACCUUUUCUUGGACUUGAAAGCGAUAUUUUUCUUACCAGCUCUCUAGUGGUUUCAUUUGCAUGCAUUCUGUAACCAUGCACAGGCAAAAUCUGUUAUCUGCUUUACCUAUUUAAAAAUAAGCACAGUGGUGAAUAAAAUUAAUUUCAUUUUUUUUGACCCUUCCGUUCUAAUCACGUAGGUCCACAUCAGUGGAAAUUGGAAUUGAUGUCACGCAAGGGUCAGGGUAAACCUCUGCACAUACUGAAUGGAAAUGAGCCUCUAAAGAUAUUUUCACUGUUGAUGAAAAGGAGAAAAAAAAUGUUAUUUAUACAAGGCCUUAUGUUGUGUACAUAUAGUGUCUUUGAAAUAUUUUUGAUUUUAGUUUAUUUCUUGUAAAAGAGAAAUUAUAUAAUUUAUUUAGUAAAUACUACUGUAAACUAUAGUUUUAUGGAUAAAUAAAAUAUUUUGUUCUCAAGACUA